AUGACUACUACUGCGAGAUACGAAUGCAUAUCAAAUCAGGAUUCAUUAGCAAUGAAUGAUCAAACAAGUGUUUAUAAUGCAGAACAAAUCGAUGAUACAGCUCUAAUUACCAUUCAUAAUGAUAAUUUUGAUCAUAUUCUCAUGGAUGAUAUUACCUGGCAGAAUAUCUUUCAAGAUGUACGAUAUUCACAAAGACAACAACGAUUUUGUACAGGUAUUAUCACAUCAAUGGUUUGCAUAAUGUUAAUUCUUUUAGUCUCAUUAUUUUCGGGUUUUGGCAAAGUUAUUUUCGAUGUUAUUGCUUAUCAGGAAAAAUCACGUCAUGGUCUUAUGAUGAUACCGAAUAUCCGGAAACGAUCACUAAAUGUAUUUUAUUUUAACGUACAAAAUGGUACAUCAAAUGAGGAAUAUGUAAAAGAAAUUGACGAUUAUCUUGAAAAAUAUACUAAAAAACAAGAAAUGAUAAGAGAAUUUUUAAAAAUUUGUACGAUACAAGAACGAAACGAUAAAAGCCAUUGGUGCGCAUUUGACAUCCAACAACAAUUUCAUUCCGAUUGUACUAAAAUAACUAAUUACGGUUAUAAUUCCGGCAAUCCAUGCAUAUUAUUCAUUUUUGACAACCGCUUGGGUUGGAAGCCAAAUAUGAAAAGUGAAAUGGAUUAUUUGCCGUUUUUUUGUCGUAUGCAAUAUCAAUAUUCGACAAAUAUUUACACCAAUAUUACAUACUAUCCGUCAUUACCAACACCAAUGCGUAGCGGUGGCUUUCAAAUGAAUUUAAUUCCAAAUCAGAAAAUUACUGAUGAUAAUGGUAAUGAAGUUAUUGGAGAAGAUGGAAAUAUUCUCUACACUUUACCACCAUUGGUAAUGGCAAAAAUGACAUUCCGGAAUGCGUUAAAACGGAAUGAAGACGGUGAUUUAGGCCCAUUUACUAUGGAUUGCCGAAUAAAAGAUAACGUAGCUGGAUAUCAAUUUGAUAAUAUUGAGAAUUUCAAUGGUCAAACAGCUAUUUCGUUUGAUUUUAUUCCGCAAUUUUCAUGA